UUGAAAUUUGUGCUUUUGUGUCUCUCUCUCUGUAUUCAUUAAGAAAAAUGGCAGAAGCCAGAUUUUCUCAGGAUGAGUUCAUGUGUGCAGUGUGUCUGGAUCUCCUGAAGAAUCCAGUGACCACUUCCUGUGGACACAGUUACUGUAUGAACUGUAUUACAGACUUCUGGGAUCAUGAGGAUCAGAAGAGAGUCUACAGCUGCCCUCAGUGCAGACAGAGCUUCAGUCCGAGACCUGCUUUAGCUAAAAACACCAUGCUGGCUGAAGUGGUGGAGAAACUGAAGAAGACCAAACUCUCUGCUGACUGUUACGCUGGAGCUGGAGAUGUGCAGUGUGACGUCUGUACUGGAAGAAAAUACAAAGCCGUCAGGUCCUGUCUGAUGUGUCUGAACUCUUACUGUCAGAAUCACCUCGAACAACACGAGAGUUUUUUCAAAGGAAAGAAACACAAUUUGACUGAAGCCACUGGACGACUGCAGGAGAUGAUCUGCCAGAAACAUGAGAAACUCCUUGAGGUUUUCUGUCUCACUGACCAGAAAUGUAUUUGUCUGCUGUGUAUGAUGGAUGAACAUAAAAACCACAACACCGGAACGGUUGCCGAACAGAGAACAGAAAAACAGAAAAAGUUGAAGGAGACACAGAGAAGGCUCCAGCAGAGACUCCAGCAGAGAGAGAAAGAUCUUCAGCAGCUGAGAGAGGCUGUGGAGUCUCAGAAGCGCUCUGCAGAGACAGCAGUGCAUUACAGUGAGAGGAUCUUUACUGAGCUCAUCCGCUCCAUUGAGAGAAGCCGCUCUGAGGUCACACAGAUGAUCAGAGAUCAGGAGAAGACUGCAGUGAGUCGAGCUGAAGGACGACUGGAGCGACUGGAGCAGGAGAUCAAUGAUCUGAGGAGGAGAGACGCUGAGCUGGAGCAGCUGGAGCACACACAGGAUCACAUCCAGUUCCUGCAGGUAACAGAGAUUUAA